AAAAAAGUUAAUUUUGAUAUCUCGUUAGAGCAGGUUAUGAAAAUCUUACCCAUGAAGUAAAGUAGCGUUUAAUUGACCAAUCAAAUUCAAAAGGAACAAAAAUUUCUUUGUCCUGAUUGGUCAAUUCAAUAUUACUUCUACAGGUUAGGUUUUCGAACCACCCUUAGCCUGUGCUUAAUUUAACUGUUGUGUUAGUAUUUGUGCUAUGUCCCACCGUCUCUUUAAUAUUAGCUGUAUUCUGUAUGAUGGUAUAUAGCUCAAGUUUAAUAUAACUCUAACUUAUGUCAAUGCUAGUUGAUGAACUGUCGAUUGAUAUAGGUUAGAAAAUUUAUUUACGUUAACGGAAUUGACAUCAAUAGAAAACAUGGCUAGUAGCACGGACGAAGAUAGCGUUUUGAGUAAUGAGGAUAUGAAACUGAGAACAGUGGAUCUGUUUAAUAAUUAUUCUCCAGAUGAUCCAAGUGAUCCCCAUUACUCUGACAUAGGCAACAGAAUGUCUGCUUUUGAUAACGAUGAUAAUUAUUUAAAUCCUAAAAAAAGAUCUAGACACUCUUCUUCUUCCUCCUCUGAUGAUAAUAACGAUCAACAAUAUGGUAACUCAUCAAACUAUGAAUACAAAAUGAAUGUUAGCAAUCAUGAUGAAAGCAUGAGCAAACAUAGAAAUAAACGCAAAAAGUUGAACAGUGGAGAUGCAAUUGAUAGUAUAGAGAACGAAAAACAUACUCAAAAAAUUGAGUUAGCAAACAAUAUGCUUAUCUAUGAAAGCAAGAACAAUCUAUCUCAUACAUCAAAAGCUCAAAAUAUGAUGAAGAAAAUGGGAUACAAACCAGGAAAAGGUCUUGGAAAAGAUGACCAAGGUCGCACAGAACCAAUAGAAGCAAUUACGCAACGAGGUCGAAGAGGAUUUGGGCAUUAUAUACCAGGUCUGAAAGAAGCGAGUCUCAAAUGGAAUCCUGAAGAAGAAGAAAUAAAAGCUAUAGAAGAUAUCGAAUGGUUACCAAAUGUGCAUUCUCAUACGCUCCUAGCUGAGGACAUGGUGGAUUGGAUAAAAACAGGACCAAAAAAACUCACCUUAGAUGACGAAACCAUGUAUUGCAAUCCACAGAUUUUGGAGCAAAUUAUUAGGUCAAAAACUGUAUUUGAUAAAUUAGAUAAGGUUGAGAUGCGCAAAGCAAGAACUCGUUCAAACCCUUAUGAAACAAUUCGCACUGCUAAUUUUCUGAAUCGUGCAGCUGUCAAAAUGGCGAAUAUCAACAGAGCAUGUAAUUUCAUGUUUACUGACCCAAAGGAUUUACAUCCCAAUAAAUUACUGUACUUUGCCGACGUGUGUGCCGGUCCGGGCGGUUUCAGCGAGUAUAUUCUGUCCAGAAAGAAAUGGCAUGCCAAAGGAUUUGGAUUCACUUUGAAAAACGAAAAUGACUUCACAUUGGAUGAGUUCUUUGCUGGUCCGUCUGAAACCUUUCAUCCUUUUUAUGGUUCUAAAGGCAAUGGAGAUGUAUUUGACCCACAAAAUCAAGAAGAAUUUAGAUCUUUAAUAAUGAAACAUACAUAUGGCAAAGGUGUGCAUUUUAUGAUGUCAGAUGGAGGAUUCUCUGUGGAAGGUCAAAAAAACAUCCAAGAGAUUCUAUCUAAGCAGUUAUAUCUGUGUCAGUGUCUGGUGGCAUUAAUGAUAGUGAGACCAGGUGGACACUUUGUGACAGCAUUGUUUGAUUUGUUCACACCUUUCAGCAUUGGACUUGUUUAUCUAAUGUAUAGAUGUUUCGAAAAUAUUUGCAUCUUCAAACCCAAUACUUCUAGACCAGCUAAUUCGGAACGUUAUUUAAUAUGUAAAACAAAAAAAGACGAUACACGAGCGGUAGUUCACCAUCUCUCUCAUGUUAAUCAUUCACUUUUAAAAAAAGAUGAUAAGAAUGAUGUAAUUCAAUUAGUACCGCUCGACGUGUUAGAAGCGGACAAGGCAUUUGUAUCGUAUUUGAGAAACUCUAAUGACGCUCUAGGAAAGAAACAAAUAAUAGGCCUCUUAAAAAUCGCGGCUUUCUGCGAGGAUCCAAUGCUGACCGAGCCAAAACAAGCGGAUAUGCGAAAGGAAUGCCUGAAUUAUUGGAAUAUACCUGAUAAAACUCGCGUGAGACCGCAAAUCAUUAGACCACAAGAUAAGAUAUGGGAAAUUUUAAGGGGCUCUGAAUGUUUCUUCGGUUUCGAAGCACAGAAAUUGGAAAACGACAAUGUAAAAAGUAUAUUGAAUCAACCACACAAUUGGUACUGCAUGCCCUGUGGUUCCGGUUCCUGUGUCGAAGAGGAUAAAGUAGCAACAUUUUAUUUGGGUUUGGGAAGGAGAAAAGUGUUUCGUUACAUGAAAGGAGGCAAAUGGGAAACGAUUGGAGAUGUAAAGAUAGAACUUCCACCUGAUACUCUUGUAUACGCCGAAUUAGUAUAUGAAGCAAAACGGACGGGAAAAUACUUCUCCAAGACACGUGCAUUGCAUAUUUUGGAUGCUUACAUGCUUGGUGGAGAAGAUGUUAGUAAACGAUACCUAGAUGAUAGGUAUAAAUUAACUAUGAUAUUUUGUGACGCGUUGUGGAAACCAGUUCCAAAUGACUAUGUAUGUGUGCGCGCCAAGGAGAGAUUCAUGCUGAAUCUCGAUAUAGGGAAGAACUUGCGUGUUGCGCAACGUCGUGUGAAAAUGCCCAUUGCGUUCGAGUCGCAAAAGAAUCUAUUGGAACGUGACGGCGAAAAUGAUGAGGAGCCCAUAUACUCCGCGUACAACAGCGUACUUUUCUUAAGAAGCGUCGCUCAGCCUUGGUCGCGUCAUAUUAGUAAAAAAACAUAUGAAUUUUAUGUUUAUAAUCCGAUUACCAAAGUAGCGGAAUACGAAAUCCGAAACAAUCAACAUAAUAGACCACCCGAAGCCGAAGCUGAUUUUAAAGAGGCAUUCGAGAAACGUAUUAUCUGGGAUUGGCCUGCCAAUCAAAGCUUAGCAUUGAAUAUGGACACUUUAGUUGCGAUGAUAAAUUCAUCACAAAAUGUCUGAAUCAUGUGUAUUAUAUUAUACAUAUCGUAAAUAAUUAUGUUAAAGUUUUCUUAAGUUUUUGGAUUUUUCUUAAAAAAUAUUACUUUUGAUUACAAAGAUAAUAAAGAAUUAAUCAUAGUUUCAUUUAAUAGUUAAUAUCUCAAAAACUGUAUUAAAAUAAAAAAAUAUAUAAGAAAAUAUUUAGUAAUUUAGCAAAUUAUAAUCUCUCUCUUUAGGAAGACAUAAAAAAUUUAAAAGACGGCAUCUUCUAUGCAUGUAUAACGAUAUACAUGUAUUUAGUUUACAUGAUAAUAAUCGUCGUAAAAUAAGUGAAUCAUGUAUUAUAUUGUACAUAUAUUGUAAACUUAUAUGCAUAUAACUAAUUUUUUUCAGUUUUGAUUUUUCUAAGUUAAUAUCUCGAAAGUUAUAGAAAAUUAAAAUGAAGAGAAUUUUAGAAAAUGUUUAGAAAAAUUAGAAAACUAAUUUUUUUAUACAUGAAAAAUUUAAGACAUUGCGUCUUAUACAAUUCUAUAUACCGUGGACUAAUUAUAUGUAUUUUUUUAUGUUGAAACAAUUAAGUAAAUAUUCUAUAUUAAUACAUUAACGAACAAUUAUGGACAAAUUCUGAUAACUGUUAUAAUCUGUACAUGAUCAUUGUAAAAAUAUAGUUAACAAAAUACAAUAAACAAAAAAAAAACAAAAUAAACAACAACAAACA